AGCGCCAAGGCCGACGGGCCACUCAGACGUCGUGCCUUCGCCUUUUUCUCCCGUCACACUUGCGCCCAUCGCAGCCAUCGCAUCCAAUUCGACCUACUUUGCCCUUCAACACCUGCAUCCAUCUUGCUCCUCCUGCGUCGUAGCUUGCAUUAACCACAUCCGAGCCUUUCCCAUAACUGACCCUCCUUUACCCUCCCCGUCGCCCGUGUCCGCUCACCGAGCCCGGACCUGUCCCUCUGCCAUUAGGCCCCAGAACGCUGCCUUGCCGGCUUACUCGAUCGACUGCCAUCCUGCUUCUUGGUUGUCCCCAUUGGGCACCUUUCCGAACGGACCCUGUCUUGACGCCUCUGACACAAGCCAAUUGGGCCCAUUGUGUCCGUCUUCUGGUUGGUCCAACACCCCCUGCACCGCAAUGGGGAACGAGAAGGAGGAGGAGGGAGGAGUUGAGUGCCACCCACAGUCGUCCCGGACAGUGGUUGCCACCAGUUGGGCGAGAAAGAGUCCUUGUGGAAUUCAUACUUUGAGGGGAGACGGAGCGCAUGAGAGAGAAUCGCAGCAUGGUGAACGAAGUGCUGACUGAAAUGGUGGUGACGGCGCAGGUUUCCAAUCCCAGCAUUACCUCGCAAAACAAGGCAACAAUCCAACAAAACAGCCCCCUUCUCCUCGCCCAUACCAUCGCCCAAUUACGUCCACCUCCUGGGCACAGCGUCAAGCACGGCAACAGUCACAGACUCCACUCCCAGGUUGUCCUCGUUCGCCCCGCCGCUCCCGACUGGGCUUUCGCUGCCUUGACCCAAGUUUGUUCUGUCAAGAGAAAAUUUUAUCCGGCCAGACGAGCAACCUCGAACACGUAUCGCAGAGAAUCGGUCUAAGGGCGCGCCGCUUGAGGCUCUGUCAGAUUUGCUCUGCAUUGUGUUGCGUCGUGUCAAAGGAAUCCUGUCUCUUGCCCCCCCUCCGUCUCCGACGAUUUCGAGGCCCUGAGAAGCCGCUCCACCCAGGACGAAUUGAGCUGCCCGCGUUUUGCGUACAGCUCCAGACAGCCCUUGUACUACUCGGGAAACCUUUCAACAGUCAAAACCCGCCGCACGAGCUCUCGGCAAUCGAUUAUCAUGGGUCUGUCUCUCCCUUCCUUUCUCUUUUUCCUUCUCGUUUUCGGUGGCCCAAGCUAGCCAUUCUGGCACUGGCCCUUCCCGAUCAUCACCCUGUCCUGCCCUACAUGUGCCUGUCCCAUCUACAUUGCAUCAAACUCUGUCUCUGCCCAACCUCAUCUUCACCGUCUCUUUUCUUUUUCUUCUUCCCCCCGUCCCCGAGCGUCUGUUGGCUAACGUGGUGAAUCUCUAAGGGACCGAUCAGAUCGAUCUCGUUCACCCCGCCGCCGAUCGCGCAGUCCACGACGCAGCCGCCGUUCCUACUCUCCCCGAAGCCGCUCUCGCAGCCGAGGCGACGACUACCGCCGAAGUGAGCGCCGGUCAAGAAGUCCCAUGAGUGGUGCACCCAACCCAACUGGAGGAUACUCUGGAGGGUCAGGCUACGCCGGCGGAGGUCGACCACCACCUAGAACGUUCGAAGAUCGUGCCGCGGCAAAAGAACAAAUGAUGCAGUCAGUGCGCGAGUCUUCUCAACAAGACCGCCGUGUCUAUGUGGGCAAUUUGGCUUACGACGUCAAAUGGCACCAUCUCAAGGAUUUCAUGAGACAAGCUGGAGAAGUUCUCUUUGCUGAUGUCUUGACUCUUCCGAAUGGAAUGUCGAAGGGAUGCGGGAUUGUGGAAUACGCAACUAGGGAACAAGCCCAACAGGCUAUCCAAACACUCAGCAACCAGAGCCUUAUGGGCCGUCUCGUCUACGUCCGAGAGGAUCGCGAAACAGAACCCCGAUUUACUGGCCCAUCGGCCCGCGGCGGCUUUGACACUGGUCGAGGUGGUUUCGGCUAUGGUGGUGGCCCUUACGGUGGCGGUAUGGGUGCCGGUGGUGGUGGUGGUGGUGGUGGCGGAGGCGGCAGCGGCGGCCGACAGCUCUACAUUUCCAAUCUCCCAUUCAAUGUUGGCUGGCAAGAUCUAAAAGAUCUCUUCCGCCAGGCUGCUCAGGAAGGAACGGUUAUUCGAGCCGAUGUGCACGUGGAUCCAAGUGGUCGUCCCAAAGGAACUGGAAUCGUCGCCUUCGAAUCUCCUAACGACGCUCGUAACGCCAUUCAGCAAUUCAACGGAUAUGACUGGCACGGCCGCGCCCUUGAGGUCCGAGAGGAUCGCUACGCAGGCAGCGGCGGGCCUGGCAUGGGAUACGGUGGACGAGGAGGAUUCGGCGGAGGAUUCGGCAUGCGUGGUGGAUACGGCGGCGGCAGGGGAGGCUUCGGAGGCCGUGGAGGCUACGGCGGUGGUGGUGGCUAUUCUCGAGGCGGAUUUGGCGGUGGAUAUGGAGGCGGCGGAGGCGGAGGCGGUGGUGGUGGUUAUGCUGGUGGUGCAGCUCAAGAACCAGCAGCACCUAACCCCUUCACCGACUUCGCAACCUCUGGCGGCGAGAGAAGCCAGACGAUCUACGUGCGAAACCUCCCUUGGUCUACGAGCAACGAAGACUUGGUCGAACUGUUCACCACUAUUGGCAAAGUCGAACGCGCCGAGAUCCAAUAUGAACCAAGUGGACGAUCCCGAGGAAGUGGUGUGGUCGAGUUCGACAGCGCCGACAACGCCGAGACAGCCAUCUCGAAAUUCACCGGCUACAUGUACGGCGGUCGCCCUCUUGGACUGAGUUACGUCAAAUACACGAAUGCCAACGGCAACGAGGCCAUGGAAGGUCAAGAGGCCACGGGUGGCAUGACCCAAGAUCAAAUGAUGUGACCGGCUGGUUCACGACGACAUGCAUCAAAUUCUUUUCUCUGACGAACAAGUGUCUAUUCGACAUGCGGAUCGACGUCGCCCCGGACAUCAUAUCAUUCGAGGACCCGGGGUAUUCUCCAGAUUGUACUUCUAAACACACUGCUUGGACAACUCGGCACACGAGACACAACUACGGCAACUUUGGGCUUUUCCAUAAGGCCCUACCACGCCGACAUUUUCCUUUUCUGUCUUUGCUUCAAUCAAAAAAGUUGUGAUUUUCAUUUUGCAGUUCAGGGUCAUCUAGGAGGCCAGGGAAGAGGUUGAACGGGAAGCUGAGGCUCAAAGGUGCCUCGUGGGAAAUGAAGAGAAUUUCAGAUUGGGACCAUUAUUCUCCUUUUCCACUGAAGGACAUGGCAGCAUGGACAGGGCUAGAUAGGUGAAAACUCAUGAGGGUUAGGGGGGCUGGAGCACGAGAACCCUGGGCAGGAAGAUUUGGGUCACAAAACAACCAAACAAUGCAAUGCGUACGGAUAGCUGGGACAACAGGCUGUAUCUGGUGUGGGUUGUAGAGAUCCAUUGAAGGUAUGGUGGCGAUGGUUACGGUUCUCUUCGGCCGCCCUUGCGACUUGGGGGGGAGGACCGUGGCCGAGAGGCAAAGACGACCUCGAGUGCAGAAUGCCCCCAGUGCGACUCGAUCAAUCACGGUGGCAUCCAUCUAUUCCCUUGGGGCAGGGGGUGUUGAAUGUCCGUGUGAGCAUGUGUCAGGUGGACGGAUCCCUGUGGCCAGCUACCCUCUUCCCUGUCGCAUCGCCUAGAAUUGCACAUGGAGGAGGCGGGCUAGCCACUCCGUUCUCGCCACUGCCUGACGCCCGAUUUCUCUGGUAAGUCGAGCAAAGGGUUGCACUCUGCCUGAGGGAUCAACGCGGUCGACAGGACGGUAAGAUGCCAGGUUGAAGCAGCAGACUAGGUCUAUGGAGUAUAUCACCUCUCUAUGGCUCUGCUAUCCACUUUCACCAGAGACGAGGAGGUGUUCUUCCUCUUCCUGAGGACAACAAAUCUGGUCAAUUUGAAACCAGGUCCAGAUGACCAGCCAGGUGAGCAACUCCUCACCCACUCGAUAUAUUUUCUUUUCCUUUCCACUGGCUGUGGCAGCUGUUGGGUGGCCCUGUAGUAACUACUGACAUUCUUCGCUUCUCCUCUCACGGGGCGAGAAAAGUAGAUUCUUACUCUUUUGCACUUCUCUCCAGAGUUCCACAGGGGCAUUUCUCCCUUUGCGUGGAGAUGCGUUGUCAUUGUUCGAGCUCAUUACUGCUAAAACAACAGACCUAGACCAGGCACCAUCAAUACUAUUGGGUAAAGGGGGAGGUAUGCAUGAAUUUUGCACUAAAAUCUAUUUCUUCG